AUGCCAGUAUCCUCAGGAUUACCCUCGAACUCGAUAUUGCACUUCGAACUCGAGAUUAGACUUCCUAGCACCAGCAGGGACGAAGAUAGCAGAGAAAACACCAUGUUGGUGGAAGUUGCAAUUGGUUUGUUGGUGUUAGCUUUGUUUCUGCACCUGCGUCCCACACCGACUGCUAAAUCAAAGGCCCUUCGCCACCUUCCUAAUCCUCCAAGCCCAAAGCCACGCCUUCCCUUUGUUGGACACCUUCACCUUCUAAAAGAUCAACUUCUCCACCACUCCCUCAUUACUCUCUCCCAACGUUAUGGCCCUCUCUACUCUCUCUACUUUGGCUCUAUGCCCACCGUUGUUGCCUCCACCCCUGACCUGUUCAAACUCUUCCUUCAAACCCACGAGGCUGCUUCCUUCAACACAAGGUUCCAAACCUCUGCCAUUAAGCGCCUCACAUACGACAACUCCGUUGCCAUGGUUCCCUUUGGACCUUACUGGAAGUUCAUCCGGAAGCUCAUCAUGAACGACCUCCUCAACGCCACCACCGUCAACAAGUUGAGGCCAUUGAGGAGCCAUGAGAUCCGCAAGGUCCUCAGAGUCCUUGCCCAGAGUGCCGAGGCCCAACAACCCCUUAACGUCACCGAGGAGCUUCUCAAGUGGACUAACAGCACCAUCUCCAUGUUGAUGCUAGGUGAGGCUGAAGAGGUUCGAGAUUUGGCUCGCGAGGCCGUUAAGAUUUUCGGGGAAUACAGUCUCACUGACUUCAUCUGGCCUUUGAAGAAGCUCAAGUUUGGAAAGUAUGAGAAGAGGAUAGAAGAAAUAUUCAACAAGUUCGACCCUGUCAUCGAGAAGGUUAUCAAGAAGCGCCAAGAGAUCGUGAGGAGGAGAAAGAAUGGAGAAGUUGUCGAGGGAGAGCAGAGCGGUGUUUUCCUCGAUACUUUGCUUGAAUUCGCUGAGGACGAGACCAUGGAGAUCAAAAUUACCAAGGAGCAGAUCAAGGGUCUUGUUGUCGAUUUCUUCUCAGCAGGGACAGAUUCGACGGCUGUGGCAACAGAAUGGGCUUUGGCAGAGCUGAUCAACAACCCUAAGGUGUUGCAAAAGGCUCGAGAGGAGGUGUACAGUGUUGUGGGAAAAGAUAGACUUGUUGAGGAAGUUGACACUCAAAACCUUCCAUACAUUAGAGCCAUUGUGAAGGAGACAUUCCGCAUGCACCCACCACUCCCUGUGGUGAAAAGAAAAUGUGUGGCAGAGUGUGAGAUUGACGGGUACGUGAUCCCAGAAGGAGCAUUGAUACUUUUCAAUGUGUGGGCUGUAGGAAGAGACCCUAAAUACUGGGACAGACCACUGGAAUUUCGUCCUGAGAGAUUCCUAGAGACUGGAGCCGAGGGGGAAGUUGGGCCUAUUGAUUUAAGGGGGCAGCAUUUUCAACUUCUGCCAUUUGGGUCAGGUAGGAGAAUGUGCCCCGGAGUGAAUUUGUCUACUUCAGGAAUGGCAACACUUCUUGCGUCUGUCAUCCAAUGCUUUGACCUGCAAGUGGUGGGCCCACAAGGACACAUAUUGAAAGGCGAUGAUGCCAAAGUUAGCAUGGAAGAGAGGGCUGGCCUCACUGUUCCGAGGAAACAUAACCUCGUCUGUGUUCCACUUGCAAAAACAACUCUCGCAGCUAAACUCCUUUCCCCCUAA